UAAAGUACUUUAUGUUAAUAAUAAACUGAGCUGACUGUUACAAAAAGAACAUCCCAAAGUCAUCAUUCAUCAAUCAGGAACACAGCAUUUUGUUAAACAGUACUGCAAGCUUCUUCCUCAUCUCCCUGCAAUUUUUUUUUUUUAAUCAAUGGCUACUACCUCUGAUUCCAGGGUGUCGAUGAAAUGUGCUGACAAUGGUGGUGUAGAAGAAGAAGAAGCAGGGUCAAUGAAUGGGUCUUGUACAGAGAUUGUUAUUGUUCGUCAUGGUGAAACUGAUUGGAAUGCUCUUGGAAAAAUGCAGGUUGCUGAUCGACUGUCAAAGGAACCUAAAAUAAUAUGUGGUAUUAUAUAUUCAUCUGAUUUGAAGAGGGCACUUGAGACAGCUCAAACUAUUGCAUCCAGAUGUGGUGGCCUUCAGGUUGUUAAAGAUGAACACCUGGUAGAAAGACAUCUAGGAUGUCUUCAAGGACUUGUAAGUUGUAUAUGAUGAAUGAAUGAAUCAUCAAAGAUUAAUCCCAAAGCUUAUGAAGCUCUCGUUAGCUCAGAACAACAAAUUCCGGGUGGUGGUGAAAGUCGCGAUCAAGUGUACCAAAGUAGCGCAGCUUCAUUGCAAAGAAUUGCUGAAAAACAUAGAGGUAACUUGUGGCUGACUGCUGAUGGCGAUACAAAGAUAAUUGGGGAUGGAUGGCUUAGAGAAAUACAAGCCUCUUCUUCCGGUGAUUGGGUAGUGCAGGUGGUGGGAAGUCCGGCGAAUCCACCAUUUCCGCCGAUGAAGGUUGAAGACUUGAAGGCUGGCGGCGAGAAGAGAUCGAGGAAGUCCGACGAAUCCAUUUUACUGGACAAAUUCAUUGGGAGGAGAGGGUUAAGCGCGACGGAAGAGAAUGAAGGAGAAGACGGCGACGCCUUCUCAAUUCUCUCUCCUCAAACCACCUCCUUCUCCCUACCAAACUCCAGACGGAGGAACCCUGACCCGAAUGCUUUCCUGGGUCGUUAA